AUGGAAAAAGUGGAUAAUAUAGAAGUAGGAAAAGUGGAUAAUAUAGAAAUAAGAGAAAUGGAUAAUAUCGAAAUGGGAGAAGUGAGUAAUAUAGAAACGGGAGAGGUGGGUAGUAUAGAAUCGGAAGAAAUGGAUAAUAUAGAAAUGGAAAAAGUGAUAAUAUUGAAGUGGAUUAAUAUAGAAGUAGAAAAAGUGAAUAAUAUAGAAGUGGAAAAGUGUAUUAAUAUAGAAAUGGGAGAAGUGGGUAAUAUAGAAACAGGAGAGGAAAAAGUGGGUAAUAUAGAAUUAGGUAAUAAUAGAGAAGUAGGUAAUAUAGAGACAGGAAAAGUGGAUAAUAUAGAAGUAGAUAAUAAUAAAGAAAAAUGGAAAAAGUCAAUAAUAGAAGUGGGAAAAGUGGAUAACAUAGAAGUGAGUAAUAAUAGAGAAGUAGAUAAUAUAGAAACGGAAAAAGUAGAAGUGGGUAAUAUAGAAAUAGUAGAGGUGGAUAAUAUAGAAGUAGAUAAUAAUAGAGAAGUAGGUAAUAUAGAAACAGGAAAAGUGGGUAAUAAUAGAGAAGUGGGUAAUAUAGAAAUAGGAAAAGUGAGUAAUAAUAGAGAAGUAGAAAUGGGAAAAGUGGAUAAUAUAGAAAUGGGAAAAGUAGAUAAUAGAAGUGAAAAAGUGUGUAGUAUAGAAGUAGGAAAAGUGGACAAUAUAGAAAUGAGAGAAGUGGAUAAUAUAGAAAUAAAUGGGAAAAGUGGUAAUAUUGAAGUAGGUAAUAAUAGAGAAGUGGGUAAUAUAGAAGUGAAUAAUAAUAAAAAAGUAGGUAAUAUAGAGACGGGAAAAGUGAAUAAAUUAGAAGCAGAAAAGUGGGAAAAGUGGGUUAAUAUAGAAGUGAGAAAAGUGGAUAAUAUAGAAGCGAAAAAGUGA